AUGCCUGAUGUCGAACACUUCCUUACCCAGCGUGGAAUGACAAUAUCAGCAGCCAAGUCGUCCGUCAUUGUUUUCACUAUGGGCGCGAAGGAGUUCAGUCGUCACCUUGCCAUCAUCGUCAACGUUGCGUCCUUACCACUCGUCCGUAAGCCUUAG